UUAAAACUCUCAAGACCGCCAUACACAAAAAACAGAGAGACUUUCGUACACUGAACAUGGUAGCCACCGGAGCAUAUUUUCUCGCAGCCGGAUUUCCCCCGGGGAUGGUUCGUUCUUGCGUAACGCCAUCAUCUGGUAAAAUGAAAUCGAAUCCGGUUCCAAAGCAAACUCGGAGAUUUGCAGUUCCUACAGAGCAAAUGUCAACCGGAACAGCAAAUACAACGGCGACGACAACGAGUUUCACAGAGAAUGCUAGGCUGGAGAUGGAACGUUUAGAAGAAGAAAGAGAGAGAAUAACAAAGAAGCAAAAACCAUUGAUUUGGGAGUUAGCGGAAGCGGAAAUGAAGAGUAGAAAGAGCUUGAAGGAUUAUUUUGAGGAGUCAAAGGAUUUGAUCAGAUCAGAGGGUGGUCCACCACGGUGGUUGUCUCCUUUGGAGUGUGGAUCGCGCUUGGACAAGUCUCCUCUCCUCCUCUAUUUACCCGGGAUUGAUGGGGUUGGGCUAGGCCUUAUUAGACAACAUCAUAGUCUUGGAAAGCUUUUCGACAUAUGGUGCUUGCAUAUUCCAGUAAAGGAUAGAACACCUUUUACAGACUUGGUGAAGCUGGUUGAACAUACAGUUAAAUCAGAACAUCAACGUUCACCUGACAGACCAAUAUAUCUUGUUGGGGAAUCUCUGGGAGCAUGCCUUGGACUUGCUGUUGCAGCUCUUAACCCUGACAUUGAUCUUGUGCUUAUUUUGGCUAAUCCAGGAACAUCUUUUCAGAAGUCGCAGCUGGCACCUCUUGUACCUUUAUUGGCAGUCAUACCCAAUGAACUGGAGCUUCGCUUUCCUUAUAUGCAGAGCUUGAUGACAGGUAACCCUUUGAAGGCAGUGAUGGAUACUGUGAUAAAGAGGCUUCCCCUACAACAGUUAUUUGGAGAGCUGUUUCAGGAUUUCACCGCAGCGUCAUCUUACCUAUCUGUCCUGAGUGAUAUGCUUCCAAGAGAAACAAUUCUGUGGAAGCUAAAGCUGCUUAAAUCAGCUUCAGAAUAUGCCAAUUCACGCCUCCAUUCUGUAAAUGCUCAAACGCUGAUACUCUCCAGUGGAAAUGACAAGUUGCUACCAAGUCAAGUGGAAGGUGAAAGACUUCACAAUGUGCUGCCGAAAUGUGAGAUACGUUGGUUUUAUGGUAGUGGUCAUUUCCUUUUCUUGGAAGAUGAAUUUGAUUUAGGGACCGUUAUCAAGGGCACUAGUUUCUAUCGUCGAGGGCCAUCCCAUGACUACAUUUCAGAUUACAUACGACCAUCCCCUGCUGAAUUCAAAAAAAUAUAUGAAUCAAUCAGGUGGGUUCGGGAUGUUGUAAGCCCUGUGAUGCUCUCAACAUUUGAAGAUGGAAAGAUAGACCAUGGUCUUGCAGGAAUUCCUUCAGAAGGUCCAGUCUUGUUCAUUGGCCAUCACUUGUUAAUGGCACUUGAUUUAUAUCCAAUGUUGCCCCAACUUCUUUUAGAAAGAAAUAUUCUUUUGAGAGGGAUAGCACAUCCAAUGAUGUUUAUGAAAUCGGGAGGACUGUUAGCUCCACUUUCACAAUUGGACAUAGUCAGACAAAUGGGUGCAGUUCCUGUUUCAGGAAAACUUCUUUAUAAGCUUCUGUCUUCAAAGGCUCAUGUAUUGUUGUACCCAGGUGGAAUGCGUGAGGCCAAUCAUGGGAAGGGUGAGGAGUACAAAUUAUUCUGGCCAGAACAGUCUGAGUUUGUCAGGAUGGCAGCUCGGUUCGGAGCCAAAAUUGUGCCAUUUGGCGUUGUUGGAGAAGAUGACUUUUUUGAUGUAUUUUUUGACUUUGAUGACCAAAAGUUUCCUUUAAAAGAGAUUGCAGAGCAGUUUAAGAAUGUGAGGACUGAAUUACGUGGUGAAGCAAGAAACCAAGAUAUGCACUUUCCAGUAUUUCUACCACAACUUCCAGGAAGAUUAUAUUAUUAUUUUGGGAAACCAAUCGAAACAGAAGGAAGGAGGAAGGAAUUAGAAGACAGAGAGAAAGCUCAAGAAUUGUACUUACAGGUGAAGACUGAAGUGGAGAAAUGCCUUGCUUUUUUGAAGGAGAAAAGAAAAAGUGAUCCUUACAGGAGUAUACUUACUCGUAUGAUUUACCAGUCUACUCAUGGAUAUUCUUCUGAGAUUCCAACGUUUGAGCUUUGACUGUUCCGCACAGUGAAGAAAACUUUGGGAGAAGAAAAAGAAAAUUUCCCUUCACUUGAAGGCAGCCAUAGCGAAAAAUUCUGAUUCUUGAACAAUAAAUGUCGUUUAGGGCUUUGGCUGUAUAUUCAGUCGGUUCGCAUGGAUAAACGCCGGCAGAGUGACUGGAGAUUAAGAAAACUUGAUCAUUAGAAAUAUGCAGUCUUUAUAUUUCUGUAAGUUUAUGUAAUAUUUUUGUUAUGUAUCGAUCAUAUAUCACAUUGAACAAUCUCUAGUUAGAAAAAAAAAAAUCAUCUCUCUAAACACCAAAAAGGAUCCGAGUUUCAAAAAAAAAUUAUAACACCAAAUACAAUUGUAAAUAGACAUAAUAAUUAGAUAAAAGAAUAAACAAAUUGAUAUGGA